AUGGCAUUUGUACCUGGAAGAUCUAUUUCUGAACAUUAUCUUUUGGAUCAAGAAAUGUUUCAUAAGUUCAAGGUUUCCAAAAACAAAAAGGGUGCUAUGGCUAUUAAACUAGACAUGGAGCAAGCCUAUGAUAGUAUGGGUUUUGAUCAGGAGAGGGAGGAUAGCAUUGAAUUGAUAAAUUGGUGUUCUGGGAAGACGGUUUCAGCUCUUGCUUUUGUAUCCAUUACUUCCUACAGGCUGAAUGAAGAGGAAAAUGGAUUCUCUAAUUGGGUGAUGAAGUUAAAACUGAACAAAAAAGUUGAAAUUUUUUGGUGGAGGCUUGGCAAGAGAGCUAUUCCAACUAAUCUGUUUUUGAAGAACCGAAACUUAUAUGAUUUUGUAAACUGUGCUAGGGGUUGUAAAUCCAUUGAAUCUUAUGAGCAUAUUAUUGUUCAUUGUAAAUAUAUGGUUGAGGUGAUUAUGAAAAUACGUGAAUGGGGUAUUCACAUACCGAUUUUUCACUCUUUGGACAACUGUUUACAGGGCUUGGAGGCAAUCUCUAUGCAGAAUUCUGGUAUUGUGAGAUUAUAUUGCACGGUUAUAUAUUUGUCCUGGAGAAAUAGGAAUGAAGUCAAACAUCAGAAACCUGCUCUGUCGUGUUUUGUGGUAGCGUCCAAUGCUCUUUAUUUGGCUACUUCUAAUUCUAAUCCUUUUCUUGUAAGUUGGGGCACUAAUCUCCUUAGGGAGUCCCAUGAUCCUUGGUGCCCUCCUCCAAAGGAUUGGAUUAAAAUCAAUGUGGAUGCUUCUUUACUUACAUCCAAUCUAGCUGGGAUUGGUGGCAUUUUUAGGGACUUCAAGGGCAAAUUUAUCAGUGCUUUUGGGAAGAAGAAAAUUCAUUGGGAUAUAGCUCAACUUGAGCAAGAUGCUGUGCUUGCGGUUAAAGAAUUUCUUUGUGAUUGGAUGCUAGAAUGCAAAGGAAUCCUUGUUGAAAGUGAUAUGUAA